CACGCAUCGCUCCGCCAGGCUGUUCCUAAAAAACCUCGGUUAGCGGUUGAGGCAAAGGGCGGGCGCGGGCGCGUUUGGACCAUGGAGUCCUGGCGACUGCUGCCCGCGCUGCUCUGGCUCCUCGGCGCGUCCUUCUGCGUCGCCGGCACCGGCGCCUUCGAGCUCACCCUCCUGCACACCAACGACGUCCACGCGCGCGUCGAGCAGACCAGCAAGGACUCGGGCAAAUGCGCCGGGCAGGACUGCUACGGCGGCGUGGCGCGCAGGGCCACCCAGAUCCGCCGGAUCCGCGCCACGCACCCCAACGUGCUGCUCCUCGACGCCGGCGACCAAUACCAAGGCACCGUCUGGUUCAGCUACUUCAAGGGCUGGGAGGUGGUGCAGUUCAUGAACCUUCUCGGCUACGACGCCAUGACAUUGGGGAAUCAUGAAUUUGAUAACGGCGUUGAUGGAUUAUUGGAUCCACUGCUCAAAAAUGUAAAUUUCUCUGUUGUAAGUGCAAACAUUAAAGCAAACAAGCGCCUAGCAAGCCGCAUCUCCGGGUAUGUUCUUCCUUAUAAAAUUAUAAAAGUUGGCUCAGAAAGUGUAGGAAUUGUUGGCUAUACCACAAAGGAGACACCUGUUCUUUCAAAUCCAGGGCAGGAUUUAUUCUUUGAAGAUGAAAUUGCAGCAUUGCAGCCACAUGUAGACAAACUUAUUACUUUGGGAGUCAACAAAAUUAUUGCACUCGGCCACUCUGGUUUUACUGUGGACAAGAGCAUCGCUCAAAAAGUGAAAGGUGUGGAUGUUGUGAUUGGAGGGCAUACAAACACAUUCCUUUAUACAGGCACCCCACCUUCAAAUGAUAUACCAGCUGAUGAAUAUCCAUUCAUGGUGAAGUCAGAUGAUGGGCGCCAAGUACCCGUUGUUCAAGCUUACGCCUUUGGGAAAUACCUUGGUUAUUUGAAUGUUACAUUUGAUGAUAAAGGAAAUGUAAUCAGAGCGGCUGGAAACCCUAUCCUACUAGACAGCAGCAUCCCCGAAGAUUUGACUGUGAAAGAAAAAGUUGAAGAAAUGAAGAUUCAUCUACAGAAUUUUUCUUCCAGGGAAAUAGGGAAAACUAUUGUUUAUCUAAAUGGUACCAGUCAAGCAUGCCGAUUUCAAGAAUGCAACAUGGGAAAUUUGAUUUGUGAUGCUGUGGUUUACAAUAACCUGAGACAUCCAGAUGAUAAUCAGUGGAAUCAUGUUUCGAUGUGCAUUAUGAACGGUGGUGGAAUUCGGGGACCCAUUGAUGAACAAAGCAAUAAUGGUACUAUAACCUUGGAAGAGCUGCUCUCUGUCUUGCCUUUUGGAGGAACUUUCGACUUGCUUCAGAUCAAAGGUUCAUCUCUGAAAGCAGCUUUUGAGCACAGUGUUCACAGACAUGGGCAAGGAUCAGGUGAACUGCUACAGGUCUCAGGUAUACAUGUGGUAUAUGACCUCUCCCGAAGUCCAGGAAGCAGAGUGGUCAGCUUAAACGUUCUUUGCACAGAAUGUAGAGUGCCAGUCUAUGUACCACUCCAGAUGGAAAAAACGUAUAAAGUGCUUUUACCUUCUUUCCUUGCUGGAGGAGGAGAUGGAUUUCACAUGCUAAUAGGAAGCUCAAAUAACCACAGUAGCGGUGACCUUGAUGUUGCCGUUAUUUCCAAUUAUAUCACCAGAAUGGGAAGGGUAUUUCCAGCAGUUGAUGGUCGUGUGAUGUUUUCGGCUGGAAUUGAACUCCAAGGACAUCUUUCUUUGAUUUUUGGAUUAUUUGUGUCACUUCUAUACUUCAUUGUUUAAUGUUCAUUUGCUGUGGGGACAUUGGACUUCUCCCACCUUCUAGCAACCACGUACACAGUUCAAAGCAUCAGCUAUUUCAAGGAUUCUCAUAGGCAAGUAUGCAAACUAUUAUUGGAGUAAGCUGGAAUGUGUUAAUAUUGAUUAAAUAUUUGGUAUGUGUAACGUUUCAACCAUGUACAUAAUUCAUGUUUAUAAUAAAUAUGUAUAUAUGCCUUA